AUGAGUGGCAGCAUAUUUAAUACUGGAGAAGAAGAGGACCCAUGGUCCUCUACCGCUGGAUGGAAUGAUACUGAUACCAAACCAAUUGUAAAGAGUCCCAUCCCCUCACUUUCCCCCACCCCGUACCAAUCUACUUACCUCACAUCAUCAGAACUACUCAACCAAACAAGAGCAGGAGAUAAUGGGCCCAGUGGUGCCAGCGGCAACUCCAGACCAUCAAUUUCAAUGUCCAAUGUCCCUGCCAGCUACGAAUCAAUUCGUUCUCACUUGGUCAAUAAAAUCACCACCAUCAAUGAUUUUGAAUUUUACAUUUUGGACAAAUUGAUUGAAUUACAGUAUUUGACAAAUUAUCAAAAAACCAAACUCUUGGAUAUUGUAUAUGACAACGACUUGAUUCCAGUUACCUUGGCUCAGAAUUUCUAUCAAAUCUUGGGGUUAAUUGCUUUGGAAAUUGAUGUUCCUGGAUCAGGAGAUUUUGUUACUUUACAAUUCAAAUUAAACAAUUUACCGGAAUUGCCUCAACAGUUUGUUAAAUUGAUCAAAAGAGAAGAUGCCAAUGAUGAAGCAAUCAAUGAUCCACUUAGAGCCAACACAUCAAGAGCCAAUGAUGUUAAUAUAGAAGAUGUUGAUGCAACAACUGCUGAUUGGAACCAGAGGGGUAAAAUUGACCCUGUGCUAACUGACCAUUCUGACUCUCAACAUCAACUCUUGGGAGACAAUAGUAACAAAGAUGAUGGUGAUGAUGAUGGUGAUGGGGUGAGUCCUCAAGAUGCAUCGUAUAUUGAGAAAUAUAUCGAGGAUGUUAGAGAUGAGUUCAAACCAUUGGUUCUUGAUGAUACACCGGUCAAGAUCAAAGAACUUCCCGAGAAAGAGGGGCUCUUGUUCAAGCAUAUCAAUUAUAUAAUCACUCAUAAUUUGGUAUUGGGCCAAGGUAGUGGUGGUGGACUGUCGGGACAAAAGAAAGUUAUCAGAAGAUACUCUGAUUUUGCAUGGUUGUUGGAGUACUUGUUACAAAAGUAUCCUUUUCGGGUGAUUCCUGGCUUACCACCAAAGAAAUUCACUGUAGGAGCGUCACCCGAUUCACAAUUUUUACAACGUCGUCGUCGUGGUUUACAUCGGUUCUUGAACCAAUUGGUUAAACACCCCGUAUUCAAACAGGAACCAAUUGUGCAAUCUUUUCUCACCGUUCCCUCCGAUUUAACCACUUGGAAAAAGCAAGCCAAGAUUGAUUACUCCAUUGAAUUUAAGGGCCAAAAAAUCCAGACUGUAUUUAUAAAUACCAUAUGGCCAGCUAUAAGUCAAGAGUUUUUACGUGAUUGGGCUCAAGCUGAACAAAAUAUUCGAAACUUGAUUGAAAAAUGGACAAAGUUGGUUAUUCUUGUUGAACGAUAUGAAAGAAGACAACAACAAAUGAGUUUUGAUAAUCAAAAAUUUGUCGAAAUUUUGAAUCAAUUCAAGAGACUAGAUACAACAGUUUAUCCACAAGAUCAAAAUGCCAUGUUGCAGAAUAAUGAUAUUGAUGGCAUCAAUAGUGGAUUAACUUUGAUUGGCGACAGCUAUACCAAAUCAUCACAAGCAAUUGUUGAUGAUAGUUAUACGAUAAACACCAAGACUUUGGAAAAAUUGAAAAACUAUAUGGAUUAUUUGUACUCUUUUUUGGAGUUGUUUGAAAGAAGUAAACAAUUGUCAAAUAAUCAAAUUGACAUGUUGAAUAAACGCAUCAAGGAGAAUGAAUUAAAUUUCAAAAAACUAACCAAUGGACCUACAAAUGGUAAAGAAGUUGAAUUAAACAAGUUAAGACAAUCGAUUAUAAAUGAUAAACAAGAGAUUUUCCAACAAUUGAAUCGAGAUUGGUUGAUUAAACAAUGUUGUUUUAAAGAGUAUGUCAUGUUUCAGGAGACCCAAUAUUUGAUAAGUGAAGUAUGGGUGGAGUGGUGUAAAAGUAGACACAAGUUGCAAGAAAAGUUGUUCAAUUUGUCAGAAAGUUUGAGUACUGAAUUAAUCAAUGAUAUGCCAAUAAGUAGGUAA